AUGCUGUUGGGAAAGACCGGAGCUGGCAAGCGCAGUGCGGGCAACACCAUCAUGGGAGAAGAUAGUUUCCGACAUCCUGCCGUUCACACGCCGUAGCCAAACACUGCGAGGUCAACACCAAAAUGAUCAUCAAGAAAAUAGUUAUCGUUACAGACACGCCAGGGAUUUGUGACAUGGACUGCGCCCCCGGACCUCACGCCUUCGUGCUGGUGUUGAGAGUCGGACGGUUCACCGAAGAUAAGUCUGUGGUGAAGAACAUAAGAAGCUGGUUUGGAGACGCU